AUGAACAUUAUUGCACCUCUCCCAAAGAAGCCCUCUUCGUACAGCCAGCAACAUUUCUGGUCAGAAAACGAUGAAGCAUGUCAAGAGCUUCGACAGAUUCUUACCUCUCACACAAGCAUGAUGGAAGAUCUGGCCAUCAUCCGCACCAACAAUCCUUUGCCCAAUGACUCCAGCUUUAUUCCUAUUCAUCAAGCUGUCUCCCAUUUAUCUGUUUCAUCAGACAGUAAAAUUAUUCGUCCCAGAUCUUUCAGUGUUGGUGAUUCAAGAAACUACUCUUUCAAUACCACUAUCAAUCUUGUCCAUUAA